AUGCGCGGCGCCGGGAGCGCCGCCACACUGCAGCGUCUCCAGGAAUCCCUCCCGCGAGAGGCAGCCCAUCACCCCCGGCCCGCCGCCCUCAUUGGCUGCGGGGCGGGGAGACGGCCGCCGCCAGCCAAUCGCCCCGCGCCCACCAUGGGUGGAGCCGCCGCUCCGGCCUCGCCCAUCCCGCGGCCGCGCGGUCCCCGACCGCCCCGUCGGGCGGGGCCGGCAGGGGGGAGUGCGGGGGGCUUCCCCGCUGCACGGCGGUCGUCCACGCCCUGGGUACGGCGAGCGGGGAGCUCAGGGGACAGGCGCGGGGCCGGCUCGCGGCUGGCUCGCGGCUGUCAGGGCGGUGGGGAGCUCGGUGCCCGGUGCCGUUGCCGAGCCCGGCGGUGCGCGGCCCUCCCGCUGCGGCGCGCCCGCCCCGCUGAGCCGUGGCAGUGGUCGGGGUGUGCGGCUCGCGGGGAGAGGACCGUGCGUGUGCGCAGGCCCAGAUGCUUCUUUAUGCAAAGAGAAGUCUCCAGCCCUGUGAGCAAGUUCUGUUUAACCACUGCAUCCUUGACAAAAUGGGCAGUCACAUCAAGUCCUGUCGUUAACAAAAGGCUGUGGCACUUGAGGGACAAUGAACACAUUCUGAAUGGGAAAGCCAGAACGAUCACCCCUUUCCCACCCCAAAAGACAGUGCACAUCACUUUACACGCUGAGAACUGCAUCUUGAACUUUUUUUCAUGAGAAAUUUCCAUCAUCACUCCAUGGACUGCUGUUUUGACUCCACCUUGUACUGGUGACACUGUGUCUCAUCACAAGUAAUGGUGCAAUCCAGGAAACUGCUUCAGCCUUGUGUUU